GUCGGAGCGGCCGUGCCCUACAUUUCAGCUUGGGCCGGGGCCGCGGUACCGGGCUGAGCCCGUUGGCAGGGGGCUGCACGCGCUGCCCUCCGGCAACAGCGCAACGGUCCGCUAGAGCAGCCUGAGGCGGGAGAGACCAGCGGCUCCCUCCCACCAGGCGCGGGGCUGAGGCGCCCUGCAGGAGCGAGCGUUCGUGCCCGCGGGCCGCGCCGCACGGGGGUCUCCCGCGGAGCGGCAGGGCUGGGGCUGGUCUGUCUCUGACUGAAAAGUGGCUGCUGUCGCCCAUCUUGCGUGAGUUGCAGGGUAAGAAUAGGAAUACAAUUGAAAAUGGAAAAAAUAGAAGUACAGAACACACAGUGUGAGAUGAAGACAGAUCUGAAUUUAUUGCUUGAAUGUCUUAAAUAUCAAAUGGACAGCCCUGAUUCUCAAAAAGAGGCCUUGAUCACUAUUUAUUCAAUCUGCCAACAAAACAGUGAAGCAAGUGAUUAUUUCCGAGAGAUUGGUGGUUUAAUGUUUGUAAAUGACCUUGCAAAGUCAAGUGUGCACUGCAUAGUAAAGGAAGCAGCCUUAUUUACGUUAGCAGUUGUAAUGGAGAGUAAUGUUUACUGUCAACAAACUUUGUGUACAUCUGAAUUGUUUGAAGACCUCAUUUUCUUCUUAACUAAUAAGAAUUCUAGUGUGAAUUUGAAACGAAUGUCUGUUUAUGUUAUAUUAGUACUGGUUUCAAAUAACAAGAGUGGGCAAACUCACAUCAGAGAAACAGGCUGCAUUGGUGUUCUGCUACAAUUAUUCAGAACAACUCUUUCAAUAUCUGAGAUGAAUCUGUCAGAUGAAAAUAUUAAUCAGUAUUAUCAGCUGUGGUCUUCAGUCUGCAGUACUCUGUGUGCAUGUGUUAAUAAUCCUCAAAAUGAAGACAAUCAAAACACUUGCUGUUCAGUUUUUCCACAUGCAAAAGACUGGCUCCAAAGUUGCAUAAAGCCUGAGAUAGUUCGUCCUAUUUGUUCAUUUGUUGGACUUACAGUUGCUAAUAAUUCACGUGUACAGGAAUACUUUGUUUCUGUUGGUGGAUUAGACAUAUUAGCUGAAGUACUUAUCAAGCUGGUCCGUGAUUCAUCUAGAAGUUACUCAAGCGCAAAACUUGCAGUAGUGGUAACAAAAACUCUAGACGCUUGCAUUGCUGAUAACUCUGCUGUUGGUGAUGUCCUGGUAAAGUAUCACAUCGUGUCUAAGCUACUGAAGUUGCUGACUUAUGACACUGUGGAUUCAGGAGAAAAAAUUAGUAUUAUUCUUACAAUUGGGCAUUGCACAGAAGGUUGUGAAGAAAAUCAGUAUGAUCUGCUUAAGAACAAUGGCCUUCCAUUUAUGAUUCAGUUAUUAACAGAGUCUCAGGAUGAAGAAGUAAACAAAGCUGCUACUUUUGUGCUGCAAAAUUGCAAGCAAAUCACUGAGAAAUUGUCUCUGAAAAUAAAUGACUAUUCAUUAAAUCUGAAUGAUGCAGAACAGUUGAAAAUGGAUCUACAGAUUAAAGAGAGGAAUCUAGAGGACUAUUGGAAGAAAGUAAAAGAAAUUUUACACAGAAUAGAACUUCUUGAAAAAGAGCAUGAUGAGGAAUCAGUAAGAAGACAAAUAUUUGUUGAUAUACCUCGGGAAGCAGUUAUGCAAAUGACAUCAAAAUACCGUAAAAUGAAUGCCAGUGACCAAAAAACAAGCACUGAAAGAACACAUACAAAAAUGCAGUGUUCACAGCUAAAUUGUAAGUCUGAUGAUUUGGUUCGUACUACAUCUGCAAAUAAUCAGUCAUCCAAAAAUGGAAUAUUAAAGACUGUGACUCCAGUAGAUGCUUCUACCAGAGAGAGUGAGCAAAAUGUUACUCUGCUUUCAGCUGAUAAAUUUCAAAUAGGUAGUGUACAAAAAGGUCAAACUACAAAUGAACAAACUGCUUGUGAGAAGAAACAGUCUGUUCCUCAAGCAAGUGAACACUUGUUUAAACAACCAUCACUGACUGUUCAAAAUCUGAAACAGGCACAAGUAGCAGAAAUACUGUUGACCCCAGCUAAGAAAGGAAGACUGAUUACAGAGUCAUCAACCUUCAAGAGCAGAAAAAAUCCUCAGGAAAAUUUCCAGAGUAUUUGUUUGACUCCUAUGAAGAAAACCCAAAAUAGUAUUUCAAAUAUAGAUGACAACCUCAACAAAAAUAUUAAUUUCCGAGAAAAAUAUAACUUAAUGCCUACAUACACAAAAACUCUCCAAACAGACCAAGACACACACUUGAAGAAACAAACAGUCAAAGAAACAAACAACACAGAAUAUCAAGGCUUGAAUGAGAAAAAUAAAUAUUCAUUUGAUGAAGAUGAGAGCACUGAAAGUCUUUCAUUGGACACACAUGCAAGAGCUUUAAAAAAGAGUAAACGAAGAAUGCGGAAAGAUUUUACAACAGAAGAAGUAAACUAUCUUUUGAGUGGCGUAAGGAAAAUGGGCCAUCACUGGAAUUCAAUUUUGUGGUCCUACCCAUUUCAGAAAGGACGGACAAAUGUUGAUCUUGCUAAAAAAUACCGCAAGUUACAGAUACAUAGGAAUGAAAAUAAAGAAGAUCUGUAACAUCUUUCUAAAAUAUUUUGUAUUCUGCUACAGAAUUUGGAAGUUUAAAGGACAGAAUUAUAGUGUAAAUGAGUUAGUACUGUUAAUAUGCACUCUGCAUAUUUCAAUUCAGAUUUUUUUAUUGUGAUUUACAGGGCUAGGCUCUUAUGUAGACUUAAGUGAAAUGUAUUUUGAUAGGUAUUUUCAGAAUGUUAAUUUACAUUCAUUAAAUAAAACGUAUACCACAAAAAUGAAAAUGCUUUAACUUUACUACAGAGGCACAUCCAAAAAAAACCCAGAACAAAACUAUUUGCAUGCAAUAUUUAACUUGACCUUCCAGUGCUUAACUGGAAUAUUUGCACUUGCUUUAAAUAUCUCACUUGCUAAAACUAUAUUACAGAUCAUUUUAUCCUCUUUCAUUUUUGUACAAAAGUUUAACAUUGCUAAAUUGAUGCCACAUACUGAUACAUUUUAAAAUAUUUUUGUUGGCUCUAUUUUUAUUUUCUUGCUCUUUUCCAUUCCACUGUCCCUGAGAUGGAACAAGAGCACAUCAUUAUCUUUAACAUAUAACCAUUUCUACCUUUUUCUCUAUUUUAUACCACACUUAUAGAUGUUAUUGCACUUGGGUUUAGUACUCUGUAAUGCACACGUUUAUUUAAAAUGC